AUGACUUUGACUUAUAGGUCCGAAGUAAAUGGACGUUCCAAUUAUUCACAAGAUAUUGGGAUAGACUUCAAAACUGAGUCGCUUUUGUGUCGCGUGAAGUACCAAAAUAAUUUACCGGAACUACCAUUCGACCCCGAAUUCUUAACAUAUCCACUUGAACCGUCUAGGUUCGUGGACUAUGUUGCAACAACCUUAGAGAGGAAUUACCAGCACGAUCUACUCAAUGAUACAGAUUUAGGUGUGGAGGUCGAUCUAGUAGACCCAGUGAUAUUCCAUAUUGAAAACAACCGUAUGUGUUUUGCUAGAAAAGGAUGA